UGUGGUGGUCGCGGGGAAGUGGGAAGAGGCGUCGCCAUGGAGGCCUACAAGCUCUGGGUGAGGAAGAACAGAGAGUUCGUCCAGUUCCUCGAAUCAUUGUCCAAUGGCAUAACGUGGGUUCUCCCGGAGCGCUUCUCCAAUUCAGAGAUCGGUCCUGAAGCAGUGUACGCUUUUUUGGGCAUACUCAGUACCGUGAACCAGCACAUAAUCGAUACAGCCCCGACGAAGACACCGCCUCGUGGAUUGGGAGAGUCGACGUUUCCAUGGUCCUUAUGCCUGUCCAUAAUCAAAGAUUCGGAGACUGUGGUAGAGGUUGCAACCCAGCAGUUUGCUGGUGAAGGGCGCAAGUGGAAUUACCUGGCCGUCACAGAGGCGGUGAAGGCAUUCGUGAGGUUAGCUGCUUUUCGUGAUAGCGGAUACAAGAUGCUCUUACAAGGUGGGGAAACAGUGAACGUGGAUGAAAGGCAAGCUGCUCCAGAAGUCUAUAAUGGAGGGAUCGGGGAUGCCAGAGAGCCUGGUGGAUGUAACGGGCCUGGUUGUAUCCAUGAUUAUCAUGGCUCAAUACCUAAGAGUCUAGAAGGAAGAGCCAUUUCUGCAUUGAGCCGGUUUGGUGAGAAUGCAAAAAUGGUGUCGGAUCCAAUGAGGUCAAAAAAGCUUUGCAAGAGUUCAAAGGCCUCUGUUGGGAAGCCCACACUUUAUAACCUGUGGUUACAGAAGGGGCUUUCCAGUCGGUUAUUUGUGACAGGGGAGGUGCUUUUUGUUCUGAGACCUCUCAUAUAUGUACUAUUUAUAAGAAAAUAUGGUAUUCAAUCUUGGAAACCAUGGUUGAUUUCACUGGCCAUGGACCUAGCUGGAAUGAGCUUUCUUUCAUAUUCUACAACUCGGUGCCCUAGAAGUGAUGAUAAAUAUUAUCAACUCACUACAUCUGAGAAAUAUGAGCUGAAAAGGCGAAAGCUGUUGUGGGCACUUUACAUCAUGAGGGAUCCAUUCUUUACCAAGUAUACAAAGCACCGUCUUGAGAAGACUGAUGGAUACUUAAGCCGAGUUCCUCUAAUUGGGUUCCUCACAGAUAAAUUUGUAGAGCUUGUCGUUGGAGUUCAAACACGUUAUACUUAUAUAUCAGGUUCAUGAGGAGGAAAAUCCUGACAUCCGAGGUCUGUCCUACUGAGAUAAUUUUGAUAGGUUGAUUCGCUUGCUAUUCUGGUACAUGAAACAUGCUUCUUGAACACCUUGGUAAAGGAAGUUUGCUAUUUUGGUUAAACAACACAUUCAUUUACAUCUUGCAGAUUACACCAAUGCACAUGGUGCACUUGGCAUUUGAGAUGCUUAGGCUAACUACAUAUGGUCUUUGGAAAAAUCUCUGUUUCCAGACCACAAAUUUUGUAUGUAGACUAUGGUGGCUUAUAUGCUGAUCAAGUGUGGGUUUAGAAAGUACCUUGAAUAAGAAGAAGCUGUUCGGUCCAGAUUACCUUAGAAAGAUGCAUGGCGCAAAUGUCCAUCUGUUGAAAAUUUUCUGUUAUGUUAAUUUUGUUUGGCACAGCAACUGUAACUUUAAUACUAUAGAGACAUUUGUUAUGUGCCCUUCUUUGCCACAUGCAAUAUCACCUAAAAAGGCAAUUUUCA